GGUGUGUCGGUGAGCUUGACGGUGUGUGCAGGAGGAGGAGGCUGCUGCCGGAUUCAUUCAAAACAACACCAUGGACAGUCACGGGAGGAAAGUCGUGGUUUGUGACAACGGAACCGGGUUUGUCAAAUGUGGCUAUGCAGGCUCCAACUUCCCCGGGCACAUUUUCCCAGCGCUGGUCGGCCGGCCAAUCAUCCGCUCCACGGCUAAAGUCGGCAACAUUGAAAUCAAGGAUCUGAUGGUGGGGGACGAGGCCAGCGAGCUGCGCUCCAUGCUGGAGGUGAACUACCCCAUGGAGAAUGGCAUUGUCAGGAACUGGGACGACAUGAAGCACCUGUGGGACUACACCUUUGGCCCAGAGAAACUCAACAUCAACUCAUGCAGCUGCAAGAUCCUGCUGACCGAGCCGCCCAUGAACCCGACCAAGAACCGAGAAAAGAUCAUCGAGGUGAUGUUUGAAACGUACCAGUUCACAGGAGUUUACAUCGCCAUCCAGGCCGUCCUUACCCUCUACGCUCAAGGGCUUCUGACCGGUGUGGUGGUCGACUCCUGUGAUGGUGUCACUCACAUCUGUCCUGUGUACGAGGGCUUCUCGCUGCCCCACCUGACCCGGCGCCUCGACAUCGCAGGGAGGGACAUAACGCGCUACCUCAUCAAGCUGCUGCUGCUGCGAGGCUACGCCUUCAACCACUCGGCGGACUUUGAGACGGUGAGGAUGAUGAAGGAGAAGCUGUGCUACGUCGGUUACAACAUCGAACAGGAGCAGAAGCUGGCGCUGGAGACGACGGUGCUGGUGGAGUCGUACACGCUCCCAGACGGCAGGGUGAUCAAGGUGGGAGGGGAGAGGUUCGAAGCCCCAGAGGCUCUGUUUCAGCCACACCUCAUCAACGUGGAGGGGGUGGGCGUGGCGGAGCUGCUCUUCAACACCAUCCAGGCCGCGGACAUCGACACCAGAGCUGAGUUCUAUAAGCACAUCGUCCUGUCCGGAGGCUCCACCAUGUAUCCCGGCCUGCCGUCCCGCCUGGAGCGUGAGCUCAAACAGCUCUACCUGGAGCGAGUGCUCAGAGGAGACGUGGACAAGCUUUCAAAAUUCAAAAUCAGGAUAGAGGACCCCCCCCGGCGCAAACACAUGGUGUUCCUGGGCGGCGCCGUGCUGGCCGACAUCAUGAAGGACAAGGACAACUUCUGGAUGACGAGGGAGGAGUACCAGGAGAAAGGGACGAGGGUGCUGGAGAAGCUGGGAGUCACUGUCAGAUAAAACACAAACAGCAAAAACACCACACCAACCCUCCACCCCCACCCCCACCCCCACCCCUGCAUCACUCACCUUGAUGUGUCUGGACGGUCACACGCUGCGUCACUUUGUAAAGCACAGAGCGGGGGACUGAUUCGCCCACGACACGAGAAAAUAAUGAGAUGAAGUGAGCUGAUGUCAGCUUCUCACAGAGGGAGGAGAUGAGACUGAUGCUGUGCUCACAUCUGUGUGGGAAACAUGAAGCUACAUCCAGCAGCCAGUUAGCUUAGCUUAGCAUAAAGACUGGGCACAGGGGGGAACCAGCAGCUGCUGCCAGGUGGACUUCACUCCCCUCAGACAGAGCCAGGCUAGCUGUUUCCCCAUGUCUCCAGUCUUUAUGCUAAGCUAAGCUAAUAGUCUCCAUGUUUAAUGGACAGAAAUAAAACGUGAAAUGACAGAGUGCUGAUAGAGAGAAGCACAGGUCAGUCACAGGAGGCCGGGUCCAGCUGGCUGUUUUCAGGGUGGUGAUGGUGAUGAUGAUGAUGAUGAUGAUGAUGAUUAGUCAUGUAUGUGACCUCUGCUUUAUGGAAAAUGUUCUACCUGCUCUGUCAGGUAUUAAACCUGUGGCGUGUCAGACAAAUGAGACCUGAAGGAACGGAUCAUUGAAAACAGCUGAUUCCCUCUGAGCAGCUGUUCUCUGGUUAAAUAACGAGAACUGAAACUGACCAGCUGUGAUCUGAACACGUGUUCCUGACCAAACACCUGUACCUGUGUCUACCUGAGCGUGAACGUUUGUCCAGCUGUGUUUAGGUAACCGUCACACAGGUGGUGUGAUGGUCCUGGAUCAGUGUCAGUAAGAAGUUCUGCUGAAGCUCGAUUAGCUUUGUUGUUGUUGUUGUUGUUGUUGUUGUUGUUGUUGUUGUUGUAGAGCAGUUCACCAGCCGGUGUUUGGAGCUGAGCAGUGGGACUGCAUGUUGAGCUGAGUGACUUCAGAAGUUCCCACAGUCAGAAGGCUUUCACCCACGCCUAAAUAAACAGGACAGCACCAGCCAAUCAGGAGCUGACUAAUGCUCGCCUGUGUCAUCGACCUGCAGGACGGAGUGACCACCUGAGGACACGAGCAUUUUUACUCUCAGCAACGUGAGGGCUUUGAAAACACAUCACGUUUUUCCUGUGUUGAAAUGUUGAAUGGCUUUAAAUACUACAGUUCCCAUGAGCCUCAGCAGCUGUGUGAUGCGGGAAAACUGGCGCGGUCGCUCUGAGGUAUGAACCUCUGUCUGUUUCAUCUGGAUUUGGACUCAGCUGAUGUUUCCUCUGACAUUACAGGAGCAGGUGACGGAGAUGAAGUUUGUAGUCUGAAGAAGAAUCCGGUGUGGGGGGAUGGAGCCCACACACACACACACACACACACAUACACACA